ACCAGGUCAGCCCAGCCCCCCAAUAAGAAUGUGCGGUUCUGAUAUUGGAUGCAAGCACUGCGAUGACAGCCUCGCGCCCCGCAUCUUUAUUGAUACUGAGGCCAUGCACCGGGUAUCCUCUUCGAGCAUUCAACAGACAUGGAGCAUUUCACCCGAUUGCUUAACCAUCUUGGCAAAAACCACCUACCCAACCAGCUGCCAAUGCGAGUGCCUCCUCUGGCCAGACCGAAUGAUAGACACCGACCCGUUAGAAUGUAAGGCUUGUCCACGGGGAUCACCAGGGCGGAUGCUGUAAUCGACCUGCAUUGCGUUGCAGCUAAAUAUUGAAUUCGAAAAGGGUGGGGUGGAAUAAGCUUACGGCUAAGAGCUUAACGGUUCUCAUCGCUGUGUAUAUGAACAGAGCAUAUAAAAGGCCCAGAUUCUCUCAUCGCCGACUUCGACUAUAGUCUCUGUGAAGAACUGCACGGACUACAAAACACAUCCAUCAUCAACAAUUCAAGCCUCAUACAAAAUGAAGCUCUCCCUACUCACCCUCUCAUCCCUCAUCCUCGCAACCACAGCAACCCCAGUAUCUCUCGACUUCCCCUCAGGCGACGCCCCCCUCGAGAAACGCGCCACGGAGACUGUCUACCUCUCAAACUGCAACGUAUUUGGAACUCCGUUUUACUCCCAGAUGAACUACUACUCCAACGGGGCCAACUCGCAAAACGGCGAGCAACCCGAUGACACCUGCUACCUCGACCUCUCCGGCUACGUGAACUGGGAGGGCAACGCCAUUAGCGGCACUUUCAGCGGUGGUACGACAUUCACCUCUCACAUCGACUCUACUGCUCAGAGUCGCGCGUUGUAUAGUUACUCCGGGUGGGGAACAAAUACUUAUCAUAACUUCAACUGUUAUAAAGAUAACUAUCGCCUUCUUUACUCGUUUGGGUCUUACCCUGUUAAGUGCUAUAGUAUUUACUAUUGCCUCCCUGCAUAAAUUACGAACGGAGAUUCUGUGCAGACUUGCCUAAAGGUAGGACGCUGAAACUCGUAUUGGCGAGUUCAGUAACCAUGAAAGGGAUGGUUGUGGAGAGAUGCCCAAGUAACAAAGGGGAAGAAGGGGUAUUAACGAAAUUAUAGAUCGGAUAGUAUCUAUAGCGCAGAAAUAUCAUAUAAGUUAUCG